AUGGUGCAUGUCGCAAAACACUUUUUUCGGUUAUUAAACCAUGGCACCAAGUCGACCACUUCAUGCAGAGCUUACCGACAAGUGCCUUGUUCGAGCACCGAAGAAGGGGAAUUCUCCGACAUCUACAGUCUAGCAAAGGUUUGGAAUCGAGCACCGCUACGAACGCAGAAUCGUUAUCCUCCGGAUCAGAAGGCAUUUUCCUUGACCAGAGACGCCAAUGAGACAAUCAGCAAAUAUCAAAACGGGUUGUGCUUCAAAGAGGAAAACAAUCUCGUUUUGACAGAAUUCAAGGGCAAGGAAGUGUGGACAAAGACUAUUGCCUACCUCUCAUGGCUAAAGACAAAAUUAUUCCUUCUUGGAGCGGAACCGUGCCUUAAGAUGAGCAGUGAAGAUUUGGUCUUAGGUGGUCGUAAGGUCUUCCGAAUUAUUCUAGAUGCUGUUAUAGGAAGAAAAAUUGAAUCUCUAGCACCGUUAGUAUUAGGAACUUCUGUCUUAGAUCUUCAUCGGAAGCAAGUUUGGGAACUGAAAGAUAAGCAAAGGGAUGCUCUAAUGGUCACUGAUGCUGACUUUGUUGGCGUGAAUGGAUUUGUCUACAACUGGGAUGGAUUCGGUAGUGAAAAAGGUAACAUUUCUGUUAGUCGUCGGUUGGUUAUGGAAGCCAUUUCUGGUCCGUAA